CACAAACUCAACAGCUCUGGCCGCGGAAUGGUACGACUGCAACUAUCUAUCAAAGCGGAGCUAGAGAACUGUACCUCCUUGUGUCCAGGAUUCGAUGAUUACGAAUUCUUCUUCCAGGUUAAGUGCAGUUCAUGCCAUGAGGUACAUCCGAAAUUUGUAUCUGUAAACAGACUUGAGCAGCACGCUGUAUCAGGCAGCAAAGCUGCCACAGCCAACUUCGUAUGGAGGUGCGGGAUGUGCAAACGAGAACAUUCAGCGAAAUUCGAGCCGAAUGUACCUCCCAAACCCUACGAUGCUGAACUCAACGGGCAAUUUGCUCCCAUUCUCACCGUCGAUUGUCGCGGUCUCGAGUUUAUCGGUUUCGAUCCACGCGGUGUCUGGAAAUGUCAAGGAACCGAGAGCGGGACGGUGUUCCCUGAGGUGGACCUCAGCGAAGGUUACUGGAGUGAUUACGAUGAGAAGGCGGCACUACCUGUCAGUAUUUCGGAAAUCGAGACGCGUUGGACUCGGGAGUGA